AGAAGUGUUUCCGGUUUCCUUUUUAAUAAGUUGUGACGAAGCAUCUGGGCUAUUCAAUUAAGCUCGGUCAAUCCAGUAGUUAACGUUGCAAAUCGUGAAAUUACAGACACACGAGCAGCUCAACAAAACAAAGCUUCUUCGGCCUACUGGCAUUCGUGUUUUUUUGAUGAAAAUUGGAAAACUAGUUACUUGAGUGAAAAUCAGAGCAAUGUCAAGGCCAAUUAUCUUAGUUUUCCUGCUGCUGUUGAUCGUAUUCACGUCUCAAAUUGAUUGGAACCAACAGAUUGUUAGUGAAGUUGAAGCAAAUCCUAAUUUAUCACGCAAGCAACUAGAUCAUGUAAGCAGUCAAGACUCCGUUAAAGAAAAGAUUGUUAGUGAAGUUGAAGCAAAUCCUAAUUUAUCACGCAAGCAACUAGAUCAUGUAAGCAAUCAAGACUCCAUUAAAGAAAAGAUUAUCCUAUCCCAAGAAAAAAGCAUUCAGAAACUUAAUAAGCUGGUUCAGAGUCUUCAAGAACAGCUAGUGCAGUGCAGGGUUAUAAAUGGGGAUAUAGAUGACCCUGCUGGCCCUUUAGCUGAACUUCUCCAUGAACUUGAGCAACAGCAACUUCUUGAUGCAUGAGGUUUGUCGAUUAUUCCACUUGUGAUCUUUCCUUCCAAGAGCUGUGAGAUCCUCUUCUCUCUGAUCGACGUGUUGGCAUAAAAUUGAUUAAUAUGUUGGGGGUCAUGAUCAUGAAGGCUCUAAGGAGCUAUCAUAUUUAUUUGGGAGACUGACCACCAUUUUGCAUUUGUUCAGGCUUUUGGGCAUUUUAUUAUGUGCAGCUAAAGUUAAUAUCUUGAGCUAACUGUAGUAUAAGUGGGUGGAAAUAUUUUAAUGUUUGACGUAGUACAUACGUAGAUAGCUUCUGAAAGCAAUAGGCACUUGGAUAUAAACACCUUGUACUGUUUAUAUUCCCUUCACCUUGAAUAUAUUAUUUUGAUAAUUUUCAAAAUCUAGUUAAUAUCACUUGUGAAUAUGUUAUUAAUAUUCAAAUAUAUUUAUAGACUUGUAUUUUUAUUUUUUCAA